UCCUGCUCCUCCUGCAGUGUCCUGGUGCUGGGGACACUAGGGCUGUCAUUUGGGGCAAUAUUUUGGUGCUGUGAGGAACAGAGAUGAGAUGAGAGCCCAAGGCCUGCAUUGCAUGAUGACCUCACAGUGGAGGAACUGGGGCUCCCGGGAAGAGGAUGCUGCCUAGUACUGGGGUUCAUGUACAAGGAGAAGUACCGCAGGAUGACUGAAGGUCAAGCGUCUUCCUUCACGCAACAGCCCCAGGACCAGGUGGUGAUUGCCGGGCAGCCCGUGACACUGCUGUGCGCCAUCCCUGAGUACAAUGGCAUCGUGCUGUGGAUCAAAGACGGGCUCGCCCUUGGAGUCGGACGGGAUCUCUCAAGCUACCCACGCUAUCUGGUCAUAGGAGACCAUCUGUCUGGAGAGCAUCACUUGAAAAUCCUGAGAGCUGAUCUCCAAGAUGACGCCGUCUACGAAUGUCAGGCCAUCCAAGCAGCCAUCCGAUCCCGACCUGCCCGGCUGACUGUUCUCGUUCCUCCAGACGACCCCGUCAUUAUGGGGGGACCCAUCAUCAGCCUGAGAGCGGGAGACCCCCUCAACCUGACCUGCCACGCAGACAACGCCAAGCCGGCUGCCUCCAUCAUCUGGAUGCGGAACGGAGAAGUUAUCAAUGGAGCCACCUACUCCAAGACCCUUCUCCGUGAUGGCAAGAGAGAGAGCAUCAUGAGCACCCUUUUCAUCGCCCCCUCCGACAUUGAGAACGGAGAGAGCAUCGUCUGCCGCGCCACCAACAAAGCCAUUCCCAGCGGGAAGGAGACCUCGGUCACCAUCGACAUCCAGCACCCCCCCUUGGUGAACCUGUCCGUGGAGCCUCAGCCGGUCCUGGAGGACAACACCGUCAAGUUCCAUUGCUCUGCCAAGGCCAACCCAGCCGUCACGCAGUACAGGUGGGCAAAGAAAGGCCAGGUGAUAAAGGAAGCAUCCGGUGACUUCUACGAAACCAUCGUGGACCACACCUUCUUCUUCGAGCCCGUCUCCUGCGAGGUGACCAACGCGCUGGGCAGCACCAACAUCAGCAGGACCGUGGACGUCUACUUCGGGCCAAGGAUGGCGACAGAACCGCAGUCCCUCCUCGUCGACCUGGGCUCAGACGCCGUCUUCAACUGCGCCUGGACGGGGAACCCCUCCCUCACCAUCGUCUGGAUGAAGCGGGGCUCAGGCGUGGUCCUGAGCAAUGAGAACAAGCUGACACUCAAGUCCGUCCGCCAGGAAGACGCCGGGAAGUACGUGUGCCGAGCCGUGGUGCCGCGGGUCGGCGCAGGGGAACGCGAGGUGACGCUCACUGUCAACGGGCCCCCCAUCAUCUCCAGCACGCAGACACAGCACGCCCUGCACGGCCAGAAAGGGCAGAUCAAGUGCUUCAUCCGCAGCACCCCUCCGCCAGACCGGAUUGCUUGGUCCUGGAAGGAGAACGUCCUGGAGUCUGGGACCUCCGGGCGCUACACGGUGGAGACAGUCAGCACAGACGAGGGCGUCAUCUCCACGCUGACCAUCAGCAACAUCGUCCGGGCCGACUUCCAAACCAUUUACAACUGCACUGCCUGGAACAGCUUCGGCUCCGACACGGAGAUCAUCCGGCUCAAAGAGCAAGGUACGGAAAUGAAAUCAGGAGCUGGUAUUCAAGCAGAGUCGGUGCCGAUGGCGGUGAUCAUCGGAGUGGCCGUGGGGGCCGGCGUGGCAUUCCUGGUGCUGAUGGCCACCAUCGUCGCCUUCUGCUGCGCCCGCUCUCAGCGAAAUCUGAAAGGUGUGGUCUCUGCCAAGAACGAUAUCCGCGUGGAGAUUGUGCACAAGGAGCCAGCCUCCGGCAGGGAGACGGAGGAGCACCCCACGAUCAAGCAGCUGAUGAUGGACCGGGGGGAGUUCCAGCAGGACUCGGUGCUGAAGCAGCUCGAGGUGCUCAAGGAGGAAGAGAAGGAGUUUCAGAACCUGAAGGACCCCACCAACGGCUACUACAGCGUGAACACCUUCAAGGAGCACCACUCGACGCCCACCAUCUCGCUGUCGGGCUGCCCGGCGGACCUGCGCCCUGCCGGCAAGCAGCGGGUGCCCACGGGCAUGUCCUUCACCAACAUCUACAGCACACUGAGCGGGCAGAGCCGCCUCUACGACUACAGCCAGCGCUUCGUGCUGGGCAUGGGCAGCAGCUCCAUCGAGCUGUGCGAGCGCGAGUUCCAGCGCGGCUCCAUGAGCGACAGCAGCUCCUUCCUCGACACGCAGUGCGACAGCAGCAUCAGCAGCAGCGGCAAGCAGGACGGCUACGUGCAGUUUGACAAGGCCAGCAAAGCCUCCGCGUCCUCCUCCCACCAUUCCCAGUCCUCGUCCCAAAAUUCGGACCCCAGCCGGCCCCUGCAGAGGCGGAUGCAGACGCACGUUUGAACCCCGGGGACGCCUGCGGGGUGCAGGCCGGGGGCUCUCUGCUCUAGGACGGUCACGCCGGUGGUGGAAGAGCCGGGACCCGGCCCCCAGAGCAGGGCCGUGCCAGCAGGGAAUGGGACCACUGCACGCUGAGCACGACCCCGCCGAGGAUGCGGCGCCGUCCCCAAAAGGUGGGGGGGGGGGGGGCUUGGGGCUGCCGCCGUCCCAGCGAACGCCCCCCCCCUGCACCCACCCAGCCGCUCGCCUCCGCUUCCCCGCUCCGCUCGCCCCUGGCUCCUUUCCUUCCUUCUUGGUGUUCGGUGUCCAUAAUUAUAGAGUCCGUUUCGGGGGGGUCCCGUCGUGGUGGGAUGGGGGGUGGGGGGGGCACACGCCAGCGGGGACGGGGACCCCCCGAGCGCCCCCGGGAAGGGCCUCGCCACGCUGUAUCGCGGGCAAUAUAAGAGGUGUUUCUCGUGGCACGCCUGGGCUGAUGGCCGCGCCGGGAGGGGACGAGGACAAGGAUGCUGCCGUUUCCCGUGCCCCUUCUUCCUGCUGUGACACCUCCUCCCCCCGGGAGCUUGGGGUGUGCGGUGACGUCCCCAGGGUGGGGAGGCUGUGGGGGUGAGGACCCCACCACGGGAGCUCGGUGCACAGGGAAACUGAGGCACGGGGGCGGCCCCUGGCAGGGCCCCCCACCUCCAUCCCUGCAGGAGCCAGGACGUGGGGCGCCACAGCAGGGACACAGCAGGUAAGGGCCCUCUGUGGGGAGGGGCAGGGAUCCCAGGACACAUGCUGGGGACACACACACCAGGACACGAGCCCAGGAACACAGCCCCCAUGUACACCUGAGGACAUGGUGUCGGGGACAGAGCCUGGAGCAAUGGGCUGGGGUGCCUGUGGGCACAGGGACAUGGGCUGGGGCACUCGGGGACACGAGCACGCAGACGCAGCCCAGGCGCAGUGACAUUUGAGGA